AUGGAGUCGCCGCCGGGAAGCCCCUGCCCGCAGUCCAGGCGCGACCAGCGUGGCGCCGCGGCGGGGGGAUCCGGCGGGCGCGCCGCAGACUUCAAAGGCCCGGCGCCGCCGUCGCCCCCGCCCGUGCGCGCGAGUAGUACGGUCCGAGGGGGCGGCUCCUGGGGCGCGGCUCCCGCCGCAGCUGAUGCGCGCCCGGCCGGCCGGGAGGCGGGAGCCCGAGAGCCAGAGACCCCGAGAGACGGAGAGCCCGAGCCGGGCCCUGAGGAGGCCCCAGCAGAGGCAUCUUCGCGGCGGGCGGGGCCCGGCGCGGGGGCCGCCGCGGCCGCACGGUUUGGGAAGGAGGACGAGGAGGAAGCGGCGCUGCCUGCCGGCGAAGAGGAAGCACUCCGCCCGGGCCCCCGACGGCGCUCGUUUAACCACAUCCGCGCCUCCGCUGGAAACGCUCUCAGGCGCCUGUCACCGGUUCCCUCCAUUUUGAAAGGGAAAAAAGGCUCUCCCCCUUCCCCUCCUCUUAGGAGCUGGAGCCGGAGGAGCCGCGCUCAUGGCGUUCAGCCCGUGGCAGAUCCUGUCCCCCGUGCAGUGGGCGAAAUGGACGUGGUCCGCGGUGCGCGGCGGGGGCGCCGGAGAGGACGAGGCCGGAGGGCCGGAGGGCGACCCCGAAGAGGAGGACUCGCAAGCCGAGACCAAAUCGUUGAGCUUCAGCUCGGAUUCUGAAGGUAAUUUUGAGACCCCUGAAGCUGAAACGCCCAUCAGAUCACCCCUGAAGGAAUCCUGUGAUUCAUCACUAGGAUUGGCAGGACCUGGGGCCAAAACCCAA